UAGAACUGGAAGCAACCGUGCCUUGCAUGAUCACACUGUCAUGCACGUCAGGGCCUAGCGUGAAGCAGAAUGUCUCAACAAGCAAGUAUUGGGGAUCUCCUCCCCAUGCUGGAUUCUCCAGUCCUGGCUGCUCUGGAAGAUAUAAUGGCUGUGUUUAGAGACAACCUAGCCACAGACCGUGGGCCCAUGCUGGUGAAUUCUUUGGUGGAUUACUACUUGGAAACCAGCUCCCAUCAAGCUUUGCACAUCCUGACAACUGUUCAAGAACCACACGACAAGCACCUUCUUGAUAAAAUCAACGAAUACAUGAGCAAACCUGCCACCCGCCUGGCCACUCUUUCGCUCCUUGGCCAUGUGAUUAGAUGCCAGCCCUCCUGGAAACAUAAGCUCCCUCGGGCCCCUGUUCUCCAUUCCCUCCUCAAGUGUCUCAAGACUGACACCGACGUCGUGGUCCUCACUACGGGGGUGCUAGUGUUAAUCACCUUGCUGCCCAUGAUCCCUCAGUCUGGGAAGCAGUACCUUCACGAUUUUUUUGGCAUCUUCGGCCGCCUUUCAUCUUGGUACUUGAAGAACCCAGGCCACGUGGCAGAGAUCUACCUGGUCCACCUCCACGCCAGCGUGUACGCCCUCUUUCACCGCCUUUAUGGAAUGUACCCGUGCAAUUUUGUCUCCUUUCUGCGCUCCCACUACAGCAUGAAGGAAAACCUGGAGACCUUUGAAGAGGUGGUCAAGCCAAUGAUGGGCCACGUGCGUAUCCAUCCGGAGCUGGUGACCGGUUCCAAGGAUCACGAGCUGGACCCUCGGAGGUGGAAGAGGUUAGAAACGCACGACGUUGUGAUUGAAUGUGCCAAAAUCUCCCUGGAUCCGGCAGAAGCCUCCUAUGAAGAGGGCUACUGCUCAACCUCCCUACACGCCAGCGCACACCUAUCGCUUCGCCCCGCGGACCCUGACGCCAGCCCUUACGUGAUUCCCCACAAUAGCCUGGGAGCCGUGACGUCGACCCCUUACUCUGCUUCUCGGCUGGUCCUCUCCCAGAUACCAGGGCAGCUACCUCACAUCCUGAACCCCCAAUCCUCAAGCUUGUCCACUGAGCCUCAGCAGGCGCCUAUCUGGAGCCCCUCCGCUAUUUGUGGCAUGACCACCCCCCCAACUUCUCCCGGCCUCGUUCUGGAGUCUUCGCAGACCUCCUCCCAGCCUUACACCAAGUUCUUCAGCACAGCCGACGAUUUGGGUCCGAGUUCGGUUCCUGCAACGACCGCUGCAUCUUCAAAGAAGGAAGAAAAAGCAGAUCCCGGCAGGCCUUUCCUGUCCCGCCAGCAAAAUAUCACAAGUGACCUUGGUUAUCCAGACUCCCAAGGCAGCAAAAAUUGUGUAACUUUAAACGACCUGGCCAACAUCCUAGGAGACCUGGAGGGCUCUUGUGAAGACAGCGGAGAGAAAGACAGAGAAGAAGAUGCCAUCUCGAACGAAAUCUCCGCCAUCACCGCCACGGAGGCCGAGCCCGUCGUGCCUCGGGGAGGAUUCGAUUCUCCCUUCUACCAAUCCAGCGAGAAUCUCUCCGGCUCGAGGAAGUCUCAGUCGGUGGCUUCGAACGCCGCAGGGCAGCUUUUGAACACGGAGCCCUUGGCCUCUUUUCUGGACCAACUCGAAGGCUCGCGGGACACCCCGAAGGAAGCCUUCACGCCCAUCGACCGGCCUUGUCGUGACGCCGAGGAGAUUCCCGCGGGCCUUCAGGAAACGGGCAUUUUGACCCCCAGCCCUUGCAAAAUCCCGGCCCGCCAGAGGCCCGGCCUUGGGGGCCAGUGGCUUCCGGGCUACGAGCACCUGUUCGAGGUGGCCUUGCCGAAGACCGCCUACCUGUUUGUCAGCCGGAAGACGGAAGAGCUGCUGCGAAAGAGCAAGGCGGGAGCGGAGGACGAUGGCUUCCUGGCUGCUUCCCCGCUGGAUGUCUUAGACAGGCUGCUUCAACACGGGGCCGACGCGCACAGCAGGGAACUGAGCAAGUUGUCGUUGCCAAGCCGAUCCGCCGACUGGACUCACUUUGGAGGCUCUCCUCCUUCCGACGAGAUUCACACCCUCCAGAAUCAGCUGCGCCUGCUGCAUAACCAGCUGUUGUACGAACGCUUCAAACGGCAGCAACACGCUGUCCGGAACAGGCGCCUCCUGCGGAAAGUGAUCAAAGCUGCUGCCCUGGAGGAACACAACGCAGCCAUGAAAGACCAGCUGCGGCUCCAGGAGAAGGACAUCCAGGCCUUGAAGCUCAGCCUGCAGAAGGAGCAGGCCAAACAUCGCCUCUUCCAGGAAGAAUACGAGGGCAUGGUGGCCCAGCUGCACCGCCAGCUCCGCCAGCUGCAGCACCAGCGGGAGGAGUAUUACAGCCAGAGUCAGGAGCUGAAGACCAAACUGGAAGACUGUUCCAAUGUCAUCCGAGACUUGCGGUCCGAGCUGAAAAAAUCAAACAACAAGGUGUGCCACACCGAACUGCAGCUGAGCCAAGUUUCACAAAAGCUUUCCAACAGUGAGUCGGUCCAACAGCAGAUGGAGUUCUUGAACAGGCAGCUGCUGGUGCUGGGGGAGGUGAAUGAACUGUACCUGGAGCAGCUGCAGAACAAGCACGCCGACACCACCAAGGAAGUGGGGAUCAUGCAGACGGCCUUCCGGAAGGAGCUGGAGAGAGCCAAGUCCUGCCUCCUCCUCCAGAGCCAGCAAGUGGAAGCGUCUCAGAACCGGGUUGCAGAACUGGAAUCUCAGCUUACCAAGAAGGAUCACCUGUUGCUGGAGCAGAAGAAAUAUCUGGAGGACGUCAAAGCCCAAGCCAGGGACCAGCUCCAGGCGGUCGAGCAGCAGCACAAAGCCCAGAAGCAGAUCACGCGGACCUUUGAACUGGAGAUACUACGCUUGUACAGUUGCCUGGAUAGCGACCGGUUGCAGAAGAAACAGGAGGAGGACAAAAUGGAGACGGCAGAAAUGGCCGAAGAAAGGCUCUCGGGGGCAAAUGAGGGCCUGUCCCACCCAGUCGCCCGAUGCGCUGAAGAAAUGCUGGGCAGGAACGGGGAGGCCGACUCUUCCGUCGUCCAGACUCGUCCUAGCAGCAGCAGUAGCAGCAACAGCGGUGGAUCCAGUCCGGAGAAGCCCCUCGCCGACCGAGCCGGACCCUUCAACAGCUGCUGGGAGGCCACUGCGCGACAGGAGCCUCCUUCUGCCCGCAGCCGGCUGACCGUGGGCUCCUUCCCGAGUUCGGAGAGCUUCUUGGGCAUGAAAGCUCGCGAGCUCUUCCGCAACAAAAGCGAAAGCCAGUGCGAUGAAGACGGGGCGGCCCUCCAGAGCCUCUGCGGCACGUUGAAGACUGAAUUGUGCAAAGGGCCCGGCCUAGAAGCCCGGGGACCCUUGCCCCCUUCCCCGGGUCCCGCGGAACCCACCACCUCUCCCUCAAAUCAAGAAAGCAGCGUGGAAUCGCUUCAUAUAAUGGACUACAACGAAUCCCAUCACGGUCAUAGCUAA